CGCAGGCGCGGAGCCGAGUCCCGCUGGGCCGCAGCCGGUGGCCGGCUCGCAGUGGGCCUGUACCCAGUCCUCCACGCUCGGUUCCCCCUCGCUCUGCGGAGACUGGAGGACUGACCCGACCACGCGGAACUGUGGCGGCAGGAUGGCGCAGACCGCCAUGUCCGAGACUUACGAUUUCUUGUUUAAAUUCUUGGUCAUCGGAAAUGCGGGAACCGGCAAAUCUUGCUUGCUUCAUCAAUUCAUUGAAAAAAAAUUCAAAGAUGACUCAAAUCAUACCAUAGGAGUGGAAUUUGGCUCAAAAAUAAUAAAUGUUGGUGGUAAAUAUGUAAAGUUACAGAUAUGGGACACAGCCGGACAGGAGCGAUUCAGGUCUGUGACAAGAAGCUACUACAGAGGUGCAGCAGGGGCACUCCUCGUGUACGACAUCACCAGCCGAGAAACCUACAAUGCGCUUACUAAUUGGUUAACAGAUGCCAGAAUGCUGGCGAGUCAGAACAUUGUCAUCAUCCUCUGUGGGAACAAGAAGGACCUGGAUGCUGACCGGGAAGUCACCUUCCUUGAAGCCUCCAGGUUCGCACAAGAGAAUGAGCUGAUGUUCCUGGAAACGAGUGCACUGACUGGUGAGAAUGUUGAAGAGGCUUUCAUGCAGUGUGCAAGGAAAAUACUUAACAAAAUUGAAUCAGGUGAGCUGGACCCAGAGAGAAUGGGCUCUGGCAUCCAGUAUGGAGAUGCUGCCUUGAGACAGCUACGGUCACCACGGCGAACACAGGCCCCAAAUGCACAGGAAUGUGGCUGUUAGGCAUGCCAGUAACACAGUCCACUUACCGUGACGUGAUCAAACACACCUUUGAAUUAGCAGCCAACCUUCAAUGAAACACAACUAUGAAGAUGUUGCAUAAGAACUGACAGGAGCAUGUGCUGCCACACUGUGAGUAGGUGAGACCACCUACAAUGCCUUCAAUUACCUUGAAAAUGUAUAGACAUGUUAGAAAUUCCAUGGGGGUGGAGCGGAUGAGUAGACACAUAAUCAAUGCCAAGUAUUCAGAUAGCUUCUAAACAUACAGUUUAAGAAUACAUUUCUAUGUUCUUCUCAUUCUUCUCACUCCAGCAGAGCUUCUCAGGUAAAAGUAGCACCAAAAAAAAAAAAAAAAAACCAAAAAAACACUUAUGGAAAAAAAUUUUAAUUAAGACCUUAAAAAUCAAAAAUUUUUAAAAGACUGUGUAUCAUUUAUUUUAAAUAUGACUGUAUUCUCAAACAUUUUCACAUGUUUCCAACAUGGAAGCCAAUUUUAAAUUAUCUCACUGCCUUGUAGCUUGUCCUGUAUUAGCUCCUAGUAUAGGAAAAAGUUGUUCAUAAGAUCAGUUUGUUAAUAAUUUCAUAGGCUCAAAAGGUAAUCACCAUCUUUUUAAAAGGAAGAAAACUGAAGCCUAAACAUUAGGGACUCGGGUGUGGGGAGUCACAGGUAACUCACACUGACUUACUGACAUUACAUAUUCUGCAAAGUCCUGAUCAUUUGUGCUCUGUGUAAGAAGAAAGACACCAGCAUGGCCUCUCAGCGCACCUCAGCCUGUACUUCUAUGCACAGGCAAAAGGAUGCACGUAUCUUCUACACAAGUCUGGAAGGGGGGUGGUCCUGUGCCCUCCCCACCUGUCUUUCUGAGAUUGUCAGGUGCAACUUGAUGAUGUAGGCUGGGUGGGGAACACAGGCCUUCAAGGCACAGUUUUACAAAGAGUAAUUCUCAACCAACUGGGCCACUGUCCCAGUCACCUUGCCUUCGUGACUUUGGGGACUAUGUGGUUAACAGAGUCACUAGCAAGGUUGGAUUUGAACAACAUGUAGAACUUAAUCUUUAAUUAAAUAUACACUUCAGUGGGAGGGCUCUGUACACAAAGGACUAUACAAAACUAGGCAAAUAUUUUAAGUUUUUUUUAAACACUCAUGAUUCUUCAGUAUGCAUUUUCAAAGCUUCAUACAGUUUUAAGAUGACACUGUGUGACAAAUUUAUAUGGAUUGAAAUCAUCUGUGUUCUAGAAAUUAUCAUACUCAAAAACCCAAAGUGAAAACAUCCUGGAGAUGCUCAGUGACACGCACACCCAGCCCUCAGUUUUACCCAACAAACUCAGAUGCUGAGAUGGUGCAGGCAGAGAUCUCCCCGUCUCCAGAAGAGCACGGUGCUCAUCCUCUGAGCAUCUUUCAGGCAGGAUGGAGAAGCACCCAUCUCAUGGAAACCUACGCUUUUUAAAACCACUUGUUUAAACCCUGAAAGUGGUUGCCUACUACAGGAAGAACAUUUACAGCCAGGCUAGCACACACACCAUUCUCCCACAGUUCGGCAGCACAGGUCACCAGGCUGGACAUCAAGUAGUCACAUUUUCAACCUAAAGUAUCAGCACUGUGCAUCAUGAAGCCUUCAUUACGUUCUAUAGAAGGAAAAGCAGAAUGGAGGUGAUGGCACACAAAUGGUGUCCGUUGGUCCCAUCCCCACAAGCCACACAAAUUCAAGUUUAUUAAGUGUCAUUUCAGAUCUCAAGUUUUCAAUGUCAUCGUUUGCUAUCUCCAAAGAGGAGAGUGGCAGGUCAGACUUAAUAAGCAGCUGACUAUGCCAUGUGUGCUCUAAAAGGGAAUACUGCAGCUAAAAGAAUGUGACACUGACUCAAAACAAAUGUCAUCAUUGCUCUAAAACAUGCACUGCACGUCACUCACCGGAAUGUACCAGAACUAUUAUAUAUUAAAUAAAUGUCUAAGUGAUGACUUAAGGGGAAAAGGCGACCCUCAUUCUGGCCAGAAAAUUCUUAAAUAUCAUAGUCUACAUGGAAAUACCAAGUGUAACUGCUCAGCAGCUGCCACAGUUCUAGUUCAUCAGGAAGAGCAUUGACCCCGCACUGAUGCCCUUGCUUUCCGUGGUGCCCCCUGCAAGGCCAACUGCACGAUGUGAGUCCUGCGCUGUGGGACGGGAUGCCCCCGCCAGCUGUGGAGCACGGUGCUGGUCAAAACGGACAGCUCCAACUGUACUACAGGAAGGUGUGGGUGGGAAGUGCCUAGAGCCGGUUAAAGGCAUUUGGUGUGGGUAUCUCCAAAGAUUAAAAUCUUUAAAAUAAAACUCUUACAAGAA